GACAUAUCACCAUCCCUCUCAUUCUCUCUCUCACAUUCAUUCUUGAAUGCUGGUUUAGUUCUUGCUCAUCUUCCGCUGCUAACCUGUACCGUUCAACAACAACAAAAACAGCAAGAGAGAUUAAAAACAAAAUAGAAAAAAAAAAAAAAAAACAAUUAUUCUCACUGGUACGUAAGACCCCCCUCUCCUCUCUCUCUUUCUCUCUCUCUCUCUCUUAAUCUUCUCCAGUAUUUAAGGAAUACCCUUAUGGAGAGCUAAUUAAUCUCUCUCAAUUACCCUCUAAUUAAAUCUGGGGCUAAUUUUUCAAUUUAGUCUCCACUAUUCGCUCUUCAACACAGUUUUAGCCAAAUGGAUUUUCUUCAGUUUUUUAAUUUUGCUUAAACUCAAAUUUCGUGUUGUUGACAUAAACAUUUACUACUAGUCCUUGUUUCUUUAAUAUACUACUAGUACUAGUAGUAAAGGUGGUAGUAGAAAACUUGGUUUUCUUGUUAUUGAAUCUGUUUGAUGGGUUGCCUAAGAGAAAUAGAAGGCAAACAAGCUCAUGAUCCAAUAUUCAUUGAAAAUAUGAAAAGAUCAUGUCCAAGGUGUGUAUGCGUGCCAGGGCCAGUAAUUGUAGGAGCAGGGCCGUCAGGAUUAGCGGUAGCUGCUUGUUUGAAAGAAAGAGGAGUUCAAAGUACAGUAUUAGAAAGAUCCAACUGUAUAGCUUCUUUAUGGCAGUUAAAGACUUAUGAUCGGCUUAGACUUCACUUGCCAAAGCAAUUCUGUCAACUUCCUCUUAUGGGGUUUCCAGAUGACUUUCCAACCUAUCCUACAAAGCAACAAUUUAUUGACUACUUAGAAAAAUAUGCAGAGAAAUUUGAUAUUAGGCCACGGUUUAAUGAGACUGUAUCGUGUGCAGAAUAUGAUAAAGUUAUUGGGUUUUGGCGCGUGAGGACUGUGGGGCCUAAAGCGGAGGAGGUGGAAUAUGUUUGCCGGUGGUUGGUGGUGGCUACCGGAGAGAAUGCGGAGGCGGUGGUGCCUGAGAUUGAAGGAAUGGGGGAAUUUGGAGGAGAUAUAAGGCAUACAAGUUUGUAUAGAAGUGGAGAAGAGUUUAGUGGUAAAAGGGUUUUGGUUGUUGGUUGUGGGAAUUCAGGAAUGGAGGUUUGUUUAGAUCUAUGCAAUCAUAGUGCAAAGCCUUCACUUGUGGUUAGAGAUACAGUGCAUAUACUACCAAGAGAGAUGCUAGGAAAAUCAACGUUCGGGCUAUCUAUGUGGUUGCUUAAGUGGUUGCCUACGAGAACUGUGGAUCGGCUGCUGCUGGUGUUGUCAAGAAUUGUGCUCGGAGAUACGGCGAGAUUGGGAUUGGACCGGCCGCAAUUGGGUCCCCUUGAACUCAAGAACUUGUCAGGAAAGACCCCAGUAUUAGAUGUUGGGACACUAGCAAAGAUCAAAAGUGGAGACAUUAAGGUCUGUCCAGGAAUUAAGAGGCUGAAAAGACACAGUGUUGAGUUUGUUAAUGGGAAAACAGAGAACUUUGAUGCCAUUAUCUUAGCAACAGGAUACAAAAGCAAUGUACCAUCUUGGCUAAAGGAAGAAAAAAUGUUUUCGGAGAAAGAUGGGUUACCAAGAAGGCCAUUUCCAAAUGGGUGGAAAGGGGAGUGUGGGCUAUAUGCAGUGGGGUUCACUAAACGUGGUAUUCUUGGUGCUUCAAUGGAUGCUCAAAGAAUAGCAGAAGACAUUGAAAGGUGUUGGAAAGCUGAAGCUAAACACUCUAUGGCUUUUGCUAAAUCACUUUUGCCUCAAUCAUCACCAUGAAUAUUAUUUUUUGAAAAAUUUUUUGGUUUUUGAUUUACAUAUAAUAAUAUAUAGAGAAAGAGAAAAAAAAAAAGAAUUAUUUCUUUGGAAAAAAAUACAGGAGAGAUAUUUGGAGGAUUUUUCUUUUUCUUCUUCUUCUUCUUCUUCUUCUUCUUUUUCCAUAGUGCCAAUGGACACAAUUUUGGUACUAAAAAAAAAAAGAGAAAAGAAGGAAGAAGAAGAAGAGAGUUUACUUUGUAGCUGGGAAAGGAGGAUUAGAGGAGAAGAGAAAAGAAAAGAAAAGAAGGUUUGUUUGUGGGGGGACCUCAGCUAUGUGUACAUGUUGUACAUUACCAUUUUUCUCUAAUUAGGUAUGACUUUCUAGAGAGGGGAAAGAGAAGGGAGGGAGAGGGUGGUAGGUUGUUUGGCAUUUGUUUGCUAAGUGAUUUUGGUUAUUGUGCUUAACCUUUUCUUUACUUUAUUUUUUCAAAAAAAUUAGUGGGGGAGUUUGGAGAAGAUAACAUUCUGUAUGUUUUUCCCUAAUCUUUUCUUUUUCAAUUUUUUCCAAUUUUUUUA